AUGAAUUUUUUGCCUCAAAAAACAUCAGUGUGGCAAUUUAAAGCAUAUCAAGCAUGGGUGAAAACUAUAUUAAUAACAGAAUUGGUUGAAGAGAAUGAUACAGCGGCAGAGAUUUAUAGUGCAAUUGGUUUAGAUACAGGAAAAUGGGAACGUGCGAAAAUAAAAAGGUAUUAUUGUUUUGAAUCAUCAAAAAGUAAUGCAACAGAAUCUAAAAAUAAAUGGCAAGCAAAGAAUGAACCAUUUGAAGCUGAUUUCAUUACAAUGGAUUUAAAUAAAGAUAAUAUUGAAUCAUUUUUACAACCAAUUCCCAAUAAUAAUAAUAAUAUAAAUAAUAAUAUAAAUAAUAAUAUAAAUAAUAGUACAAAUAAUAAUAUAAAUAAUAAUAAUAAUAAUAAUAAUAAUAAUAAUAUAAAUAUAUCUAAAUUACCACAAUUUGAUGUGAUUGCAUGUUUUGAUGGUUUACAAAAUUCAUUUACAGAUCCGACUCAAGCAGAACAAUUUAUAAAGAAUGCAAGUAGUAGGUUAAAAGUUGGUGGUUUUUUUUUUGGUAUGAUGCCUGAUUCUUCAGCACUUUGGUAUAAAGCUCAAAAAGAAACUUCUUCUUCUGGUUUACCAAUCAUUAAAUCAAAUUUAUUUAAUAUCACUUUUGAUUCGGAAAUUCAAUCAUUUUUCGGUUGUAAAUAUAAUUUAACCAUUCCAACAGAAUUAAAUUUGUCUGAAAAUUUAGUUCAUUUUCCUUCAUUUUUAAACCUUUGUAAAAAAUAUAAUUUAACAUUAGUAGAAGCAACAAAUUUAUCAGAAUUUUAUGAUGAAAAUAAAAAGAAUUAUGAGAGUAAAUUAAAACAAUCUGGUGUAUAUAUAAAUGGAAUUAAAAAGAUUGAACAAAACCAAUUAGAUUUAAUAGGUUUAUAUACAACUUUUAUAUUUGUUAAGGAAUUACCACAACCAAAAAUAAUAAAAAUAAUAAACUAA